GUGUAAACGGGCCCGGAGCAGCCGCUGCAGCCGGGUGGGAAGCGGGUUCCCGGGGCCCCGGAGCCGCCGCCCAGCGUCAGUGGGGUUCGAUAUUCUCCACUUCCUGCCCGAACGGCUGGGCCGUGUUAAACAGCGGCCGGGUUCCAACCCAGAGCUGGCUGCCACUGCAGAGCGGGGACGUGAGGCUUGCGGUGAACGGUUGAGAAAGUUGCUUUGGGAUCGGCGUCUGUAAGGCGCUAUAAGGAAGAUAGUUUCACGCCAACAAGCUGCUGCUGGGAAGGUUGGCUGGAGCCGUCUCCUCUGCAGCUGGCCGGCGUGGCGGCUGGAGACUGCACGGGGUGUCGGAGCCGUGCCCGCCCCGUAGGACGGCAGCGAGCAUGUCUCAGAAGAGCAGGAACCGGCAGGCCCGUGGCGGGGAGGAGAUCAGCGGGGAUGCAGCGAGGCCUGGAGCUGCCGUGGCGCCCCGGGGCCAGCUGAAAGGCAAACGGAAGGUCCUGGCAGAGCCCAGUGGGGCGGAGGUGUUGACCGUGGAGAAGAGGAGGAAGGAAGGGGAGGCGGCGGAGGGGGGAGGAGCUGGGAGCCUGGGGGAAGCCGUGAGGCAGGCGCGGCUGCAGGUUGCCCCCUCUGUGCAGGACUUCAAGUACAACAAGAAGCGAGUGCGCCUGGUCUCGCAGGGCUCCGACCUCAAGGAUGCCGCCCAGGGCGUUGUGUACUGGAUGUCUCGAGACCAGAGGGUGCAAGAUAACUGGGCUUUCCUGUACGCCCAGCGCCUGGCCCUGAAGCAGCAGCUCCCUCUGCACGUCUGCUUCUGCCUGGUGCCCAAGUUCCUGGAGGCCACCAUCCGUCACUUCGGCUUCAUGCUGAAAGGCCUGCAAGAAGUGGCUGAGGAGUGCCAGGAGCUGGACAUCCCCUUCCACCUACUCAUCGGCUUUGCCAAGGACGUGCUGCCAGCCUUCGUGACGGGCCGUGGCCUCGGCGGAGUGGUGACAGACUUCUCCCCGCUCCGCGUCCCCAUGCAGUGGGUGGAAGACGUCAAGGAGAGGCUCCCGGGAGAUGUGCCGUUUGUACAGGUUGAUGCUCACAACAUUGUCCCGUGCUGGGUUGCCUCAGACAAGCAGGAGUACGGAGCCAGGACAAUUCGACGGAAGAUCCAUGAUCAGCUCUCGGAGUUCCUCACGGAAUUCCCUCCCGUCAUCAAGCACCCGUACCCGUCCACAGCCCCGGCAGAGCCCAUAGACUGGAACGCCUGCCGCGCCAGCCUGCAGGUGGACUGCUCGGUGAAGGAGGUGACUUGGGCGACGCCGGGGACGGCCGCGGGGCUGGCCGUGCUGGAGUCGUUCAUAGGCGAGCGCCUGAAAUCCUUCGGCACCGACCGGAACAACCCGAACAGGGCAGCGCUCAGCAACCUCUCGCCGUGGUUCCACUUCGGCCAAAUCUCCGUCCAGCGGGCCAUCCUGGAGGUGCAGAAAUAUCGCAGUAAAUACAAGGAGUCGGUGGAUGGGUUCAUCGAGGAGGCUGUGAUCCGCAGGGAGCUGGCCGACAACUUCUGCUACUACAACAGGAACUACGACAAGGUGGAAGGUGCGUACGACUGGGCCAAAACCAGCCUGAAGCUCCACGCCCAGGACAAGAGGUCUCACCUCUACGAGCUGAAGCAGCUGGAGGAGGGGAAGACGCACGACCCGCUCUGGAACGCUGCCCAGCUCCAGAUGGUUCACGAGGGGAAGAUGCACGGGUUCCUACGCAUGUAUUGGGCCAAGAAAAUCCUGGAGUGGACCCGCUCCCCCGAGGAGGCCCUGGAGUUCACCAUCUACCUCAAUGAUCGUUAUGAGCUGGAUGGCCGAGAUCCCAGCGGCUACGUAGGCUGCAUGUGGUCCAUCUGCGGGAUCCACGACCAGGGCUGGGCCGAGCGGGCCGUGUUCGGGAAGAUCCGCUACAUGAACUACGCCGGCUGCAAGAGGAAAUUCGACGUGGGGCAGUUUGAGCGCAGAUACGAUCCCCGCAAACUGGGCCAGUAGCCUUGC